CAAUGGACCACAAGAGCCGUUUAACGCCUUUACACAGUUUUCAGAUUAGCAAAAGAAAUUGCACUACAGUUAGUAAAAAAGAACAGCGCACAAAAUGCAGAUUUAUUGGUAGUUUGUAACUCUGUUGCGAUGCCUGAGUUAGAGGAAAGGCGAAGAUCUUCAAAAGGACAUCGUAAAAGACAAGAACCUACACCACAAACUACAACAGUACAACCUAUUUAUUCAAACGGAAACAUUUGUCUCGCUUUAUGUCUUGUUUUGGCGCUAGCCGCUGGAGCUGGCAUUGGUUAUGGAGUGUAUUUAUUCGUCUAUCCUAACCAAUCGAACAACAAUGCGUCUAAAAAUGAAGGUACCGCAAAUAAUCCCAGCUUAACCACGCCGCGGGACGCUGGUUCACUUGACGUUCAGAACGAAGGCGAUGGCUCUACAGAAGGUUCGUCAGGUUCUCCUGAUAUCGUUUGGAUAAACGGUGAAAACUGCGGCACGUUACACCCUGACGUCACGAAUCCAUAUAUGCGUCAUAGCAUACGUAAGCGUGACGUAUACGCACAAUUACCGAAACCUGCCGCAAUUAUUGGCGGUGCAGAUACACAUAUACAGGAACAUCCGUGGCAGGUAUCUUUGUGGACAAAAGCUCACACUUGCGGUGGAAGUAUUAUUGCUUCAAAUUGGAUUCUGUUUGCAGCUCACUGUGCUGAACCAUUUCCCCACCCAAACAACUGGACAGUAUACGCUGGCAUCAGCGAUAGAAGGAAUAUGAUACAACGAGCACAGACUGCUAGGGUUACGGAUGUGAUCACACAUAAUGAAUUCACCACGGACACAUACAACAAUGAUAUUGCAUUAUUGAGAUUAAACUCCCAUCUAAGAUUCAAUAAGUAUGUUCGUCAAAUCUGCUUACCUUCGUUUUCAAGACAACUCCGAAAUGAAUCACUUUGUGAAAUAUCUGGCUGGGGAGCAAAGCAAGAAGGCAACGGGCUCCCAUAUAUACUACAAGAAGCACCAGUAAAAAUAUUAGAUAGGGAUCUAUGUAAUAGUGAUAGUUGGUUAAUGGGAAUGGUGACUGACAGGAUGUUUUGUGCUGGUACAGUGGAUGGUAGCAAAGAUGCUUGCCAGGGUGAUUCUGGAGGCCCUUUAUCAUGUUUCGAUCAGUAUGAAAACAAGCAUUACUUAAGUGGGGCUGUGAGUUGGGGUAUUGGGUGUGGUGAACCAGCAAUGCCAGGAGUUUACACACAUCUUGCUAAACUAAGAGGUUGGAUUGAAACCAACAUGGAACAAGUGGAAAGAAGAUACAGGACUCUAUAAAUAUCUAGAUAUUAGGUUUCUGAAAUUUUGGAAAAAAUAUGCGGUAACAUUGCAAAAAUGCAGUUACACUCAUAGUCCUCAAACAUAGGGAACCUCAUUGAUUAAUUUGGUGAAUGCAAUAUACUUUGGCUCUGCUUAUAAAAUCUGGGGGGGAAACAUGCGUUCCUUUGAAUUGAACUAUAUUGUUUCAAAGUUAUUUCUAUUCUUUGUAUCAUUGUUGCAUUUUCUGUAUCUCUGUGUCAAAUUUUGAAUAUUUUGUAUGUUAUAAAAUAUAUAUUUGUAUGAAAAUACAAUGGA